AUGACUAGUUCACUAUUGUGUGACUUUCCACCUGCAGAAAUCUCUCUGGUUCAGCUGGAUAGCAUGAGCCCUUCCCACCAGAUGUUGGUGAGAUGUGCUGCCAUUAUUGGCCUAACCUUCACUACAGAGUUGUUGUUUGAGAUUCUCCCUUGUUGGAACAUGAAGAUGAUGAUCAAGGCCCUGGCAACUCUAGUGGAAUCCAACAUCUUUGAUUGUUUCUGGAAUGGCAAAGAGCUCUGAAUGGUUCUAAAACAGAAUGCGACCUCGUUUGUGGUGAAUUAUCGCUCCCUGUCUCUGAAGCCCAGUGAAGGAAUGGCUCACGGUGAGGAGGAAGAGCUUCAUGAGCUGGAAAGCAAGGUGAUCGAGUGCCACAUCAUUCGAUUCUGCAGGCCCAUGCUGCAGAAAACAGCCUAUGAGCUGUGGCUGAAGGACCAGAAGAAAGCCAUGCACUUCAAAUGUGCCUGCUUUUUAGAAGAAAAUGCUCACAGAUGUGACCACUGCCAAGGUGGUGACUUCAUUCCCUAUCACCACUUCGCCGUGGACAUUCGGCUCAACACUUUGGACUUGGAUACCAUUAGGAAGAUGGCGAAGACCCAUGGACAUCAAACUGAAGAAGAGAUCACCUUUUCCAAAAUAGAGAUUCCUAAGAAGUCUGAGAUAUUUCCUGGAAGUCUCAGUUCUGAAGAAAUAAGAGAAAAGAUCUUGAGUUUCUUUGACAUCAUUAUAACAAGAAUGAAGACAUCUGAGGAAGACCUCAUCCUGCUGGAAUCCUGCCAGUGUGAGGAAAUCCUCGAGAUCAUCAUCAUACCUUUGGCCAACCAUUUUCUGGCUUUGGGAGAAAACAACAAAGCUUUAUAUUACUUCCUAGAAAUUGCCUUUGCGUAUCUCCUCUUAGGUAAUAAUUACAUGGCGUACACCUAUUUGAAUGAGGGAGAGAGGCUGCUAAAAACUCUCAAGAAGGAAAAGUCUUGGAAUCAGACUUUUGAGUCUGCCACCUUUUAUAGCCUCAAAGGUCAGGUCUGCUUCAACAUGGGCCAGAUGGUACUUGCCAAGAAAAUGCUGAGGAAGGCCCUGAAGCUCCUCAACCGAAUCUUUCCUGACAACAUAAUCUCCUUGUUUCUCCAGAUGCAUGUUGAGAAAAACUUUCGCUAUGUGAAUCAGCGGGCCCAAGAGAGCUCACCUCCAGGGAAGAAGAGGCUGGCGCAACUCUACCGGCAAUCUGCCUGCUUCUCCCUGCUGUGGCGGAUCUAUAGCUUAAAUUAUUGCUUUCACUACAAGUAUUACAGCCAGCUGGCAGCUACGAUGCAAGUGAACACCGCCCUGGAAACUCACGAUGAUUUCCAGAUCAUUAAGGCCUACCUGGACUAUUCGCUGCACCACCAGCUGGCUGGCUACCAGGGCGUGUGGUUCAAGUACGAAGUCAUGGCCAUGGAGCAGAUCUUCAACCUCCCCCUGAAAGGCGAGGGCGUUGAAAUCGUGACAUAUGUGGCCGAUACACUGGGCUACAUCAAGCUCAUAAUGGGUCACUUGGACUUGGCCUAUGACUUAGGCUCUUGAGCCCACAAGAUGCGGGCGCUGCUCCGGAAUCCCAACGAACACUAUAUAGUCCUCUGCUGGCUCAGUAAAUGUCUCUUCCUGAAAACCAGACACAAGCAAUUGAUCCAGGUGCUGAGGUCGCUGUGGGAUCUCUCUACAGCAGAAGAGCACAUCUUCAGCAAGGCCUUUUUCUAUUUUGUCUGCCUGGACAUCAUGCUGUAUUCAGGCUUUGUUUAUAGGACAUUUGAAGAAUGUUUGGAAUUCAUACACCAAAAUAAAGACCACAGAGUCCUCCAGUUCCAAAGUGGAAUCCUCCUGGGACUUUAUUCGAGUUUUGCUGUCUGGUAUGCCAGACUUCAGGAAUGGGACAAGUUUCACAUAUUUUCCAAGACAGCUAAAAAUCUAGUGCCAAGAAGAACCCCGAUGGCUCUUUACUGUGAAGGGAUCAGUAGAUACAUGGAGGGGCAAGUUCUCUACCUUCAAAAGCAAAUUGAAGAGCAAUCUGAGAAUGCUCAAGACAGUGGAGUUGAGCUACUCAAGAACUUGGAGAAUCUGGUGGCUCAAAAUACCACUGGCCCCGUCUUCUACCCGAGGCUCUACCACCUGAUGGCCUAUGUCUGCUUACUAGUGGGAGACGGGCAGAACUGCGACCUCUUCCUGCGCACGGCCUUACAGCUCUCUGACACACAGGGGAAUGUGCUGGAGAAGUGCUGGCUCAACAUGAGCAACGAAUGGUGGCACUCAAGCUCUGAGUUCACGGAAGAUCAAUGACUUCAAACAGUCUCGAGUCUCCCAUCGUGGGAGAAAAUUGUAUCAGGCGAGGUAACCAUGCAGGAUAUUCAGAAAAACAAAUUCCUGAUGAGAGUUAAGGUCCUGGACAAUCCUUUCUAACAUUUCGUGGAAGAGAAUAAAGGUUCUAGUGAGACUCAUUCUCUCGUGAUGAUCCUUUAUUGCCCUUCUCUGUAGCCAGCACCUCCAGGUUCCUACGUCCUCUCUUCUGCUCCAGACACAGAACCAGACGUGUUGGUUUCUUCUGCUUCUCGAGGGUCACACGGGGUCGGCAGCGUCCUGCUUUACUUUCUCCAGCUUUUCGCAAAUUGCC